CUUGACUGAGUAACGCUCAGUUUUGCAUCAAAGUACAAGUUGUAAGUUGUGCAACCAUCCUCCACAAACUUGCCAGGGUUGCUUCUUAUUGUAUGCUUCGCUUUACCGGAAAGAAUGUUGCGGUGAACAGCGUUGUCCCAGCACGGCAACUACACUUGGUACUUUCGGGCCAGCGUCUUGCUUCUGGUAGAUUACAGCUGGCUUCUCACUACGCAAGAGCUGUACAGACAGUUUCAGCACGAUACGCCUCCACUUCCACUUCUCCCUCCAAUGACAAAUCUAGUCAUACCUCGAAUCUACCACCUUCUCCUGUAUCACCUCGCAAGCAUCGGGUGGAGCUUAAACCUGGCCCAUUGAAAAAACCUUUGCCAACAAGCGCGACGCCAAGGCCCCACUCAACAUCUCCAAAGCAAACACAACCCUCAUUUCCAGCAUUUCGUCCUUCUCUGAAACCAAGUACACCAGAUCCUGUUCCGUCUGCGAUCGAGCUAGCAAAGCAAGACAUAGCAGAUGCAACUGCUCGAGGAGUCCUUCGACCAGCUGCACCUGAUGCCGGUGCCAUCAAGCGCUUCACUCAUCAAGCAUUCGAACUCCUUAAAUUUUAUUUCCGAGGCCUAAAGGCUAUAAACACACACCGUAAACAGGCAGCAGCAAUUCGCUCCCGCAUAGCUACAGGCGGCGUAGCACUCUCCAGAGCGGAGUCGCGUUUUAUAAGAACAUUCCAGCAGGAUGCACUGAAGCUCAUCCCGUUCGUCAUUGUUGUCGUAGUUAUGGAGGAGCUCAUUCCUUUUAUUGCCCUUUACGUCCCUCGAAUGUUGCCAUCUACGUGCGUCCUUCCAGGUCAACGUGAUCGUAUCAAUUCGAAGGCACGCGACAAUCAACAACUGGCCCUUGCAGGGAACUGGGAAUUAUUCGAUCUAUUGCGGAAAGAAAGCGAAAACUCUGGCUUCAUUCCGACAUUAAGUCUGGGUAAUCCAGGGGCACUGUGCGGAGUCAUUGGUAUCCCGGCUUGGGGGCCACUUCAACUAACUCGGUGGCGUUUGCAACGUCACCUCCAGAAUGUUGCGUCCGAUGAUACAAUGCUCAAACAAGAGGGGUAUGGACGUGAUCUCACCCUUCCGGAGUUGAAGGAAGCCUUGCAAGAGCGUGGAAUGUCUACAUUCAGCGAAAAGAAUUCCGCAGAUGAGCUGAGAGCCCAGCUCAAGUGGUGGAUAGACAUGACAGAGGUCAUACCCGAGGGUGCGGAUGCUGUAAGUAGGCGCUUGUUCGUGCUCGGCAUUAUUGGAUCACACAAGUAAAUGCUGUCGGAGUGCUCUGCUAUCCUCUUGUGGUGUAGUGUGGGACAGACAGACUUUCUUAGAUCUAGAUGUCAAUGAUAAUAUCUCAACUCCACUCGUUGUAUUCGUUGCGUUGUCCCUAUCAGUAGAAAUCUAUCAGCCUA